AACUCCCCCAUUGGAAUUCCUCACGAAGAGGCAAUCCCCUCUGUAGAACGUCGGCAGCUCUUUACCAUCCCCCAGUGACGAAAGAUUGUGCCACAUGAGGGGCUCCCGGAGCGUGUGGUAGAGCAAGACAGCCGCCGACGGCCGCAGCGGCAUGCGGUGGUUGGGGGAGAAUUUCCCAACGGUAAACGAGAACGCCGUGAACGCAAAAUCCGGCGGCGCCAAGAUGGUGCCGGAGAAGUUGUGAGUGGAUGUAACGGUGGAGAGGAGGGUGGAGGCAAUGAGAGAGUAGCCGCGCGUGCGGAGGAUCUCGGCCGCCGCAUGGACGGAGGGCGGCGGUCCGGGGGUGGUGGUGGUUGCGGUGGACGCCGCCCAUGUGAUUAGGAGGCAAAAGAGGGGAAGGGAGAUUGUAAGGAUGUUGAAGGAACCGUAGCGGCGAAAGUCCAUAGCUUUUUGCAGUGUAUCGGAAAAUCAAGAAUAGCGGAUUGAAAUAUCAAAUAUGGUGGACUUUUACAGAAGUCGAAGAAUAUAUUGGCGUUGCAACGGGAAUAACCGUCUUUUGGCGGGAAUAACUGUACUACCUGACGGACCUAUUGCGAUAAUUGGGUCGCAAUCACUAGAUCGGUCCAUUCAUUAGAAGUAAAACACAAUAAAGCUAAGCCCAAGCAGCAGAAGCAGAAGAAGCUAAAAAGAAUGGCUAUGGCGGUUUUACGGUUGAACUCAUCCACCGGGACUCACCGGCUUCUCCACUCUACAACCCUCUUCUUUCUCAGCGCCAGCGCAUGAGCAUUGCGUUUCACAAUUCUAUGAACCGCGCCGCCGGCGCCGCCUCCGCUUCGGUCCAGGUGCUCCCUGAUCCUAAGGGCACAUAUCUCAUCAGACUCUCCGUCGGCGGCCCAACGCCGGCUCCUAAACUCGCCGUCGCUGACACCGGCAGCGAUCUUAUAUGGCUCCAAUGCUGCCAUGAUUGCUCCCAUAAAAAACCUCCCGAUUUUAAUCCCAACCGUUCCUUAACGUAUAAACCAAUCCCCUGUGAUUCCAAGGCCUGCUCAGCUCUUCCCGGUAGCCGUUGCGCCGCCGUCUCCGCCACCGUCUGCGGCGGAGACGACCGCGGUAAAAACACGACCUGUCUGUAUUCUGCAACGUAUAACGACGGCUCGUUCAGUUACGGCGAACUCGCGACGGACACGUUUACGUUAGACGUAGUUUCCGGCGGGGAAAACGCGUCGUUUCCUGACGUCAUUUUCGGUUGUGGAUUUAAAAACCACUUUGAGAACAACGAUACCGAAGUUUCCGGGAUUGUCGGUCUCGGAUCGUCGCCAUAUUCGCUCAUUAAUCAAAUCGGCGGCGCCAGAUUCUCCUACUGCUUAGUUCCCCUAUCAAAUCUGAACGCCUCAAGCACACUGCAUAUCGGCCACCGCUCCGCGGCGGUCCACGGCGGUCCCGGAGUGGUUUCCACGCCGCUGGUCAUUAAACCUCCUACAAUCUUCUACUACCUAACUCUCCUAUCAAUCUCCGUCGAAAACAAAACACUAAACCUAGUCGAUGAGUCAUCAAAAUCCGUUCCAAAAGGCAACAUGUUCAUCGAUUCCGGCACCACCUUCAGCUUUCUCCCGGCGGAUAUAUAUUUCAAGCUGGAAGAGACGGUGAAGAAUUCCAUAUCACUGAAGCCUAUGGAGCCGAAUCGGAGGAGAUUCCUGCGGCUGUGCUACCGGGAUUUGGGGGCCGAGGAUGUGCCGGUAAUCACGGCGCGGUUUGACGGCGGCGGAGAGCUCAAGUUGAAGGCGGUUAAUAGCUUUGUUGACAUCGGAGAUGGAGUUGGGUGUUUAGGGUUUGCUCCGACAAAGGGGAUUCCGGUGUUUGGGAACGUGGCGCAUACGAAUUUCUUGGUGGAAUAUGACGUGGAGAAGAUGGUUGUAUCCUUCGUGCCUACAGAUUGUGUGAAAUGGAAAUACAAGUAAUGCAUUUCUGUGCCAAUUGAAACUACAGAAACCCUAAAAUCCGACUAUAUAUAUGAUUUGAUCCUGUAUGUUCUCAUUUACUACUGGUGCAAAUAUGUUGAAAUGUUAGAAUGACAUAUAUAUAUAUAUAUGUGUGUGUUUGUGUGCGUGUAUAUACAUGAUAUAUGAUAAUACUAGAUAUAUAUUGUUAUUUA